AUGCAGGGCGAAGUGCCAACAAUAUUAUGUGAAAGGGCGGAAACGCAGCUCACGCAACUGAACCAUCUUUCACACGCCCUGCGUUCUGUGACCUUCGGCGACGUGGUCUCAUUCGACCCGGCAUGCGGAAAAAUUUGUUUGGGUGAGAACUGUGUGAAGAAUGCCGAGACCCUGAAAGCGGUGGGAUGUUCAAUUGCGGACGCGGUAGCGGAGCUUGCGAGAGCGGUAGAGGGCCAGCUGACCGAGUUCUUUGCUUAUAUGAAGCAGAAAGAGAAAGAGUCGAUAUCGGCCGUUCUUUCGGGUGGUGCGAAGGUGUCUGGGGAAAUACGGAAGGCAAAUCAAGAGGUCCGCGAGGGGAGUGAAGAUACACCUCGGCCCAACCCAGCAUUGUGUCGGGGCCCACUUUCCCUUUAUCAUGCUGAGCUGAAGGCGGGAGCCACAUCGUUGAAAACAUGUCUCUUCCUCAUGAUGGAGUCGCUCCUCACACGGGUGAUGGGAUGCCGGGCCGCGCUUUAUCUCCGCUGUCGCAGCGAAGGGACCGCCACUCUUCGCCGCGUCCUUCACAUCAACGCGCAUCGUUUUCCGCAGGAAGUUCGCGACAGUGACGCUCGGCCACUCAUAGACGCGAUGGAGGGAUGUCUAGCGCUCAAUAUAAGGGUCCGCACGGUUAGCUUGGAUACUGCUGCAGAGGAACAGGGUCAUAACUUUCAUCCUUUUAGGGGAAAGGAAGGUAAUUCCAUAGCUAUCAACCGCGGUAUGGUAUUUCCCAUUUCCAACUACGGCUGUAUUAUCAUCGCUGACAAAUACCCUACUGCGUCACAUCACUUCUCCACCUCCGACGAAUAUCAGGCUUGGGCAUUUGCCUCGGUUUCCGAAGGCAUGAUGUGCCGGUAUCACCCUCGCGUGCUUCUUGACUCCUUCAGCGUGAGGCCCACGAAGGUGCCUGAAAACUGCUCAAACUUACCGCCAAUAUCGACACGCCUUCACGUCCGCCACGAGGAGGAAAGAAAAGGCGCCGACCUGGGAGCAAUCUGGGAAGCGGUGCCACCAGCAGCAAUGGCGCUCAAGGUCAUGCGCGUCACGCGUAUAGGCACGAGCGCCUCACCAACUCUGAACGAAGGCUACAACGAACUAAACUACAGCGGCAUGCUCCGGGAUGUGGGAGCACACAUACGGGAUCUGGAAGAGGCGUAUGGGAAACUAUCCGCCCAGUUAUUUGAAGCAAAAGAAACAAUGGAUAAGGCACACUGCGAGUUGAACAGGAAGAGGAAACAACAGAGUAAGCUGGAGUCAGAUAUUCACUUCAUGCGGUCAUUGCUUCACGCAGAGGGCAUUAAGACCCCAAAACGCUAA